AUGGCGUCAACAUUUAGUACACAUGCAGAGGAUGCUUUUACGAGAGUAGUUGAAGUUCAACAAGACACUGAAUUGGAAGAUCUUGAUAUAGAAAGAAAUUUUCAAACAGAAAAGAUUAUUUCAUUCUUGAAAAGAAAAUUGUAUGAGAAGGUUGCCCUACAAUUUCCAGAUGAAUAUCUGAAAUAUUCUUUCAAGAUUGUUAAAAAAAUCCAAGAGAAGCUUAAACUUGUGAAGCUUUUUAUUUUGGGAGACACAACAUAUGGAAGUUGUUGCGUUGAUGAGAUUGCUGCAGAGCAUGUUGGAGCAGAAUGUAUCAUUCACUUUGGGAGAGCCUGUCUUAGCAAAACAAGUCGGCUUCCAGUUCUAUUCAAUUUUGGAGAAAGCUUCAUUGAUGUGCGAGAUUUCAGCAGCAAGUUGAAGGAAACCUUUCCAUCUAAUUCAAGUCCAUUGAUACUUUUCUACGAUGUUUCAUAUCAGCAUGCCAUCGAUGAAAUAAGUAACGUCAUAGAGGAAGAAUACAAAAACCUGACAGUUUCAAAGUUGCUGACUGACGAGAAUAAAGAGAGCUGCCAAUAUUGUUCGGAAAGAAACAUGAUUUCAGACGAGAAAUUAGCAAUUGGAUGUUGUAAUGAUAAAAAUAGCUGUACUAGUGGAGGAUGUCUGGGCCUAAAAGAAUUGAAUAUAGGAAAUGUUGAUUCAACUGCGAGUUGUAGUUGCAGAAAUUCGGAACAAGAGAGUGACAAAGUUCAUAAACGGUUUGGAAGGAUGUUUAUACUGCCCAGUGAAACAAAUUUGGAGGAAUGCAGUAUGUUGUAUAUUGGCAAGCAAAGCUUAACACUCACCAAUCUAAUGAUGUCAUACAAUCGAAAUACGUUUUACACUUACGACCCAAAUAAACGAGUUAUGCAAAAGGAAUCUUUAAAUGUAAACAAAGCAUUGAUGAAGAGAUAUUUCCUGAUGCAAAAGGCAAAGGAAGCUAAAACAGUUGGAAUAGUUGCAGGUACUCUUGGAGUAGCUGAUUAUAUGUCAAUUAUUGAACGGUUGAAAAAUCUCCUGAGAAAAAACGGAAAAAAGUACUAUGUAUUCAUGAUGGGGAAACCAAACGUGGCAAAAAUGGCGAAUUUCAUGGAAAUCGACGUCUUUGUAUUGGUUGCUUGCCCGGAAAACAGUUUAAUAGACUCACAGGAGUUUUAUCGGCCAAUUGUUACACCGUUUGAAAUGGAAAUUGCAUGCUCUUGUGGAAGAGAAUGGACAGGUGAAUACAUAACAGAUUUCAGAGAACUUCUACCAGGUGCUGCAUCUUUUGUUGAUUUUGAAGACAAAGGGCAAAUUGAGAAGGAGGAAGAGCCAGAGUUUUCGCUGAUUUCUGGAAGUUUGAUACACAGAGCUGAUCAUUACAAGAAAGAAAAAGGAAAUUCAACUGAUGUGGUUCUGAAAAACCAAGAAAAUGCAGUUGCAAUGUUUGGAGAAAAUAGUUCAGCUUCCUUCCUAAACACAAGAGCAUGGAAAGGGCUGGAAAGGAAACUUGGAGAAACAGAAAUAGUUGAUGCCAUUCAAGGGCGGACAGGCAUUGCAAUUCAGUAUACUCAUGAGACAAACACUCCAAACAAUUCAGAUAGCAAAGAUUUGUGUAACAACUGA